AUGAUUGAUUUGCAAAAUGUGACUUCUCCGUUGCAAAUUCUUGAUUUGAGCGACAACAACUUGGAAGGGACAAUACCUUCAUUCUUCUUUCGACUUCAAAGCCUUACAUCACUAGAUCUUUCAUCAAACAAAUUUUUUGGUCAAAUGAUUGAUUUGCAAAAUGUGACUUCUCCACUUGAAUCUCUUGAUUUGAGUAGUAACAACUUAGAAGGGACAAUACCUUCAUUCUUCUUUCGACUUCAAAGUCUUACAUCACUAGAUCUUUCAUCAAACAAAUUUUUUGGUCAAAUGAUUGAUUUGCAAAAUGUGACUUCUCCAUUGCAACAUCUUGGUUUGAGGGACAACAACUUGGAAGGGACAAUACCUCCAUUCUUAUUUCAACUUCAGAAUCUUACGGUGCUCGAUCUUUCAUCAAACAAAUUUAACGGUAUUGUACAUCUAACAAAAUUUAAAAGCCAGUAUAUUCACAGUCUUGACUUUUCCAAUAACAAUUUGGUAAUUGAGACAACCAUAAGCACAUCAGAACUUCCCUUACUCCCUCAGUUUGGAGACUUAAAAUUGGCCUCCUGCAAUUUGCAAAAAGUUCCUGAUUUUUUGAAAAGCCAAUCUAGAUUGUGGUGGUUAGAUCUUUUCAACAACAACAACAAUCGUUUGACCCAUAUGAAAGAGCCAAUGGAAUACGGUUAUCUUUAUUACCUUGAUCUAAAUUCUAAUAUGCUGAGUGGACAGAUCCCACGACCACCACCCGAGGCUGAGUAUUUAGACUUCUCCAACAACAAUUUCUCCAUGAUUCCUCUUGAUUUUGCUGAUCAAAUCCCAGAUCUCCUUUCGUUCUUUUCCAUUGCAAAAAAUAGAGUAAGUGGAAAGAUCUCAACUUCCUGGUGUCGAGCAGUCAAUCUGGAAGUGCUUGUCUUGUCCCACAAUGCUUUGCAUGGCACAAUACCAUCAUGUCUGGUUCAAAAUAACAGCAAUCUCUUUGUAGUGAAUCUUAGAGGAAAUCAUUUAAGUGGUGAGAUAUCACAGAAGUUUCAACAGAGUUGUUCUUUAGAGACAUUGGAUCUUAGUCAAAAUCUCUUAGAAGGGAAAGUUCCUCCCUCCUUGAUCAACUGCACAAAGCUUAAGGUCUUAAAUCUUGGAAACAACAAAAUAAGUGAUACCUUUCCUUGUUGGCUCAAUAAAUUGUCAAAUCUCCACAUUCUGGUAUUGCAUUCCAAUCAUUUUCAUGGAAGCAUUUCUUGUCCCAUGCUUGGGGUAAAUAACAGCUGGCCAAGUUUACAAGUCAUUGACCUAUCUUCCAAUAAUUUCAGUGGACAUCUACCAACUGAUUUAUUCUUGGCAUUAAAAGCUAUUUUGGUUGAGAGGAAUGAAUUAAACUCAAAGGCUGACUACUUGCACUUCACAGGAGAUAGUAGGAUUUACUAUCAAGAUUCAAUCAUACUGUCUCUAAAAGGCCAAACUUACACUAUAGAGAAGGUUCUAUCUAUCUUCACUUCUAUUGAUUUUUCAAGUAAUCAAUUUGAAGGCAGUAUACCAGAGAGUGUUGGAGAGCUUAAACAGCUUUAUCUCCUUAACAUCUCUCACAAUGCCCUAAUUGGAAAUAUUCCUCCAUCUCUUCAAAACUUGAAAGCUUUGGAAGCUCUGGACCUUUCAUUGAACAAUCUAACAGGAAAUAUCCCGGUGCAACUAGAGAUCCUAACCUUCCUGGAAGUCUUAAACUUGUCAUACAACCAUCUCGUUGGAAGGAUUCCAAGAAGCACUCAAUUGGAUACCUUUGAUGCAAGCUCAUUCAUGGGAAACAAGGGGCUAUGUGCAUUCUACAAUGCAAGUGCACACACCACACUAAAAAAUCAUAAUCAACCAUUGAAAUAA